AUGACUCAACGACCAUUUUUUCAUUUUUCAAAUAUUAUUUCGCGACAAAAUCGUUGCUCCAUAAGUUUUAAAUCAAAUCUUAAAAGUCACUCACGAUGUUACCAUACUUCAUCAGUAUUAACACCAGUAGAACCAAAAACAUAUGGUCAACCAACUCACGAAACUCAUCCUCAUAUAAUGAAAUCGGGUGAAGUAACACCGGGAAUAUCAGCAGCUGAAUAUGAGCUAAGAAGAGCUUUAUUAAUAGAAAAAUUACCAGAAAAUAGUGUAGCUAUUUCGUUAGGAUAUCGGACAAGAUAUAUGUCAAAUAAAGUAUUUUAUCCAUUUCAUCAGAAUACCGAUUUUUAUUAUUUAAGUGGAUUCAAUGAACCAGAUUCAGCUAUAGUUUUAGGUUAUAAGAUGACAAUGUUUGUACCACCAAAAAAUAAGAGUAUUGAAAUGUGGGAUGGACCUAGAACAGGAUUAGCUGGUGCAGUUAAUAUUUUUGGAGCAGAUGAGGCAAGAAAUUCAAGGCAAUUUAUUUAA